AUGCUUCAGUCUAUCGACACAACCGCCUGGCUCACCUCUGUCUCGCGGCGGAAGCUCCAGCAAGCUGCUGGUUCGCUUGACCGCUCGCGAGACGCGGACAAACUGUUGCGCAAGGUGUUGCUGCGAAAUUCGAUAACCCGCGGGGACCUCCCAUUCGCAGAAGCUCUGCCAUCACAGUCGUCACCCCCUUCCCCGACCCUCGCGUCGCCACAGCAGCCGCCUUUGCCACUUGCAUCUACCGCCAGCCCUGUCGUCCCUCGAACAGACGAAGACGACUUUGUGUUCCCAGACGCAACGUCUUUGACGGCGUCGCGGGUAUACAGUUCUGAAGACGCUGACGCAGAGGCAAAAUGGCUCGAUUCGCUUCUCGAAGACUUGAGCGACGAUGAGUACGACGAUACCACCAAAGCUGGCGCUUCUCACAAGAUGUACGGGGAAGAAGAAGAGGGUGAAGAUGACCUCGAUCUCGAUUGGUUACUCUCAAAUACAUUCGAUGAGCCCCAGCCCAUCUCUGUGCCAGCUCCCCUUCCGCCGCGAGAGCCCAUUGUCCUCGAGGACCUACGACCGUUCCACUAUCCAUUGCCAGAAGACGACGACGACGAUCUGUCGACUGCUCCUGGGAUGGAGGAAGAUGUCGAGGGCGAAUCUGAAGCCGAUUCUGUAGAAUGGCCACUCACUCCCGGGGCCUAUCGAUCCAUUACCUCUAUUUUGGGCCGCUCAACGUCGAGCUCUAAUCUGAAUCAGCUCGUUGCAUCCGCUGGUCGGGACGACAACGCUGGUCUCCCGUCGAUAACAGAAGGCGCUGUUUAUGAUAACUCGGCUCGUCCUGCUAUCCAUGUCGUCGAAGAGACACCACUGUAUCGCUACAGCCCCGCUCCUCGAGAGCACGCCCUCUCCGCCUCGACUACACCCGCUCUUGGGCCCUCGUGCUAA